AUGGCUCAGAUGUCGCUGUCGCCCAUCCCACGGAACCCCUCACAGUACAGCGGCUCCACGAUAUCCCUACCCCUUAGCCGCCCAGGGGGCAACUCCGACGGCAUGGGCGGCGUGGCUGUCAUCAAGGAGGGCUGGGCGCAGGUCAAGGAGAGCAAGAACUUCAUCCAGCCAUGGAAACAGAAGUUUCUUGUCCUGCGCAAGGAGGCGCUGGACUUCCACAAGCAGGAGGGCAGCAAGGUUGCCUACACCUUGUUCCUCAAGGACGUCAUCAACGUAGGACGAGUCGAGGCCGCCGGUACCAUAUUCGAGGUCAAACGACAGUCGAACGGGUCCUCGACGAGCCCCGGCGACGACGAUGGCACAACAAAGACGCUUCAGAUCAGAGUAAAGAGCGACGAUGACCUGUAUGAGUGGAUAGACUUCAUCUACGCCCGAUGCCCAGGCAUGGGCGGGGUCAGCAACCCUACAAACUUCUCCCAUGCCGUCCACGUUGGCUUCGAUCCGCAGACUGGCGAGUUCGUCGGGCUGCCCCCGGAGUGGUCGAAGCUGCUGAACUCGUCUGCCAUCACCAAGGAGGACUACGAGCGGAACCCCCAGGCCGUCUUCGAAGUCCUCGACUUCUACUCCGACCUCACCAAGCGCGCCGAGAACCCCAAUCAGUAUCCCAGCCUCACCCCGACCCCUCCUGCGGCCAACAUGCCAAACAAGCAGCUUGGCUACGGAGCCGGCUCAUCCAUCGCACCCCCUCGCCAGGCACCGCAGCCUCAGCAGCAGCGGCCUGCCUACCAGACGAGUCCUUCCCAGGCAAGUGUCAACCAGCAGACCCAAAGACCGUCUCCGACGGAUCAGCGGCCACCCAUGCAGAGCGCGUCCUCUGGCUACGGUGCAGAUGACAGGGCUCGCCAGGAACAGGAGGCACGGCAGAGGAUGGAGAAUGCCCAGCGUGAGAUCGAGGAACAGAGGCGGGACAUGGAGGCUUACAAUGCUUCCAUUCCCCAAAAGAAAGUCCCGAUCGCGCAGCAGGAGAUCGGCGGCUUCGCCCCCAGCUCCCCCCAACAGGACCGUUACAACCCCAGCCGGCCUGCACCUUCCGCACCAAAGGCCGCGCAAAAUCCGGCGGCCCUUCGUGCACAGAGACCCGCCCCCGCCCCUCCAUCUGGUGCCUCGAACGUGCAGCGACCGCCCAUUCAGACUCAACAGAGCUCGUCCUCCAUCCAGACCCAGCAGCAGCAGCGAGCACAGCGUCAAGAUCAGCAAUCUCCCCAGUCCCCGGCAGCUACCCGUUACCCCAAUGGUAUCGGUGCCUCGUCGCAGCCCCGUGCGAAUGGCGCCCAGGGCCAGGCGCCAUCACGCUUGCCAGCGCCUGUUAAACCUCAACCUCUCAACGUUGGAAACAAGAACAAUGCGCAGAGCGAUGCUGUCAAGGCAGCUGAGGCCGCCCUCUCGGCCAAACCCACACCGCAAGAGGAGAAGAAGAAGCAAGAAGUGCGCAUGUCCACGAUGUCCGAGGGAGAGGUCAUGCAGAAGCUCAAGGAGGCGGUCUCAAAGGACGACCCCAACAUGUCCUACUCGAAGCAGAAGAAAAUUGGCCAGGGUGCUUCUGGCUCCGUGUACGUUGCCAAGGUCAAGGAGACGGCCUCCUCGCCCGUCGCCCGUGACAUCCUGCGCGCCCAAGGAGUCCGGGCCCAGGUUGCUAUCAAGCAGAUGGAUCUUGCUCACCAGCCCCGGAAGGAGCUGAUCGUCAACGAAAUCAUGGUUAUGAAGGACAGCAGGCACAAGAACAUUGUCAACUUCUUGGAUGCCUUCCUGCGUAAUAACAACGCCGAGCUGUGGGUUGUCAUGGAGUACAUGGAGGGUGGUGCACUGACUGACGUGAUCGACAAUAACCCUGUCAUCACUGAGGAUCAGAUCUCGACGAUUUGCCUCGAGACUUGCCAAGGGUUGCAACAUCUCCACUCCCAGAAUAUUAUUCACCGUGACAUCAAGAGUGACAACGUUCUCCUGGACGCCCGCGGUAACGUUAAGAUUACCGAUUUCGGUUUCUGCGCCAAGCUCACCGAGACCAAGUCCAAGCGAGCCACCAUGGUGGGCACACCAUACUGGAUGGCGCCUGAGGUUGUCAAGCAGAAGGAAUACGGCCCCAAGGUCGACAUCUGGUCGCUCGGUAUCAUGGCGAUCGAGAUGAUCGAGUCGGAGCCACCAUACCUGAACGAGGAGCCCCUGAAGGCACUGUACCUUAUCGCCACGAACGGAACACCCCGCCUCAAGAAGCCAGAGAAGCUAAGCAAGGAGCUCAAGGCUUUCCUGUCUGUGUGCUUGUGCGUGGAUGUCAAGUCCCGGGCGUCCGCGAGGGAGCUGCUGGAGCACGACUUCCUGAAGCACGGCUGCGCGAUGAGCAGCCUGGCCGAGCUGCUCGCCUUCAAGAGGAAUGCCAAAUAA